CCCAGCCGCGUACUGGCGAGCGUCUCUCUCGUCCUCAGUUUAACAAAUGUAUUUUCUUCUCUUUUCAUAUCCCCGGGCUUCAGUGACUACGGCACUUUGCCGAUCUUAAUCAAAGUCCGCUCUUCAGCAGACUACCGGCACGGAAGCUAGCAACUCCCAUGAAGAUGCAGAUUGCUUUCUGCCUCAGAUGCUGGUGAGGUGAUUACAAUCUAGUAGAAUAGAUCGCCCGUUUGCUUUCCGGCCAGGGAAAGUAUUGAAUGGUUGGCCGAGAAUAAUUGCUAAUAAAGCUAGAUGGCGCAUGGUGAGGGGCCUGUUCCUUCCAAUCAACUGUCGAUUUGUCAGUUAGCUGAGCGGCAUCUAUAUGGGCCUAAUACUAGUGAAGAGGUCAACCCAGUGAUCGGACAGCAGGUGCUCGCACAUGCGGAUUUGACGCGCCAUCCUCGUGGUUGGAAUGUGGGGUCUACUCUUAGUGACUAUUCUUUUCAUCCACAAGCACCUUAUCCUAAACCUGAUCAUGAAGCCUACACCCUAGGGAUCAGGAUGGUAGCAAAAGGUCUAGGUUGGGAUGGUCACACAGUCGAUUAUGUUCCGCAACCCAAUGGCUAUGUUGAGUGGGGCAUCUCUAUAUUGAAUAACCACUCGUUUUGUUUGAAAGGAAAAGCGGAGAACACCGAUUACAUAUAUGGGGCUAUUUAUUGCUCCCUCGGUGAGUAUGAAGUUUCAGAUUCGCUACUGAGGUCACUACUGGAAAGAUGGGAUCCAGAAACAAAUACUUUUCUUUUUUCAUCUGUGACUCUGCUUGACAUGCUUCUAAUGUCAGGUCUUCCUUCAGUUGGAGAUCCAUACGAGGAAUAUGUUCCCUCUAUAGAUGACCUAGAACCUUCAAAGCUUAUGUUCCCAAAUUUCUUAUCUGGCCUUUUAGAAGAAUUCUCUUGGCUCAGCCGCGAAAAUGGAAGUGUGACUUUUCAAGUUUGGUGUGACCAUUUCCAUAACAAACGCGAACGCACUUCAUCUUUCACCUCCCUUCGGGAACAACACAUGUAUGUUGCGGCUUUUAUAGCCCACUGGCUUUGCUCUUACGUGGUUGUUGGUGGGGGGCCUUACAUUCGUCCCGGUGUCCUUCUUAUGGCCUCUUGGAUCGUUUCGGGUCGCAAGAUCUCUUUGGCUCCCUCAGCACUUUGUUCAUUGUAUUAUUCUCUUCGAAGGAUCAGUAUGCACCCCGUUGCUCCCUCUUAUGAGAAAAGACUUUGGCCAGUGCAUUAUAUCGCGGGGUGGAUGGGUCUCUAUUUGAGAAAACCAUUUACGGACAAAGUGAAAGGGAAACAUCUUCUAGAUGUUAAGCAAUUGCCGAUGCAACCAACCAUGGUUAAAACUAUGUUUCGGGUUCCCGUAACUUUCACUCCUGCUAAGGCACGCAUUUUCCUUGAUGACCGAGCCAAUAUUUUUUGGAAUCCUUAUACUCCAAAGAACUUGGUCGGGGUGGAUCAGUUGCAAAGAUCUUUCACCAUUUCUUCACAUCAGGGUAUGCUUCCAUGGGGGCGUGCUACUGAUGUUGAUGAUCUUUGCAUAGCGGAGCCAUAUCAUCCUGGUCGAGUUGCACGACAACUUACUUUGAGACAACAAGUGCCCUAUGCUCCGUUAGUCAGCGUGUACACAAAGAAGGAUAUUGGAGUUGCAUAUGCGUAUUGGUCGCAUUUGAUACGCUCGGACCAAGGAGAGAUCCAGUACCUUCUUAACGAUGCGCAUGAGGCAUUUUCUCCUGUGGCCUGGAACAACUGGUGGGUGGGAUUUAUGAAACCAUUUAACAACAUAUUCAAUACUCUUCGUAUGGGCAUUUCGAAUGGUCCGAAUUAUAAUCCGCGGAAACGUAAUUUUCUUAAACACGGAGAGGAGUACAUAGUUCCUCGCAAGCUUUCAGAAAAUGAUUUUGUUGUUAUAAAGGAAGUCUCGGCCAGGGGUAAGGAAGAGCAUAUUGCAGCCCUCAAAUUGAAUGGCAAGAGAAUUAUGGACCACUGACGUCCCAUUCUGUGUGGCUUUCUCUCAAAUGAUGAACCUUUAAUCAACUCUAAAAAGGUAAGAUAUAUACAU